AUGCCGCGCUUCCGACCCCGCUCCCCUUCUUUCCACGACCCCGUCCCCUCACCCGGCUAUCAGCUGCUCAACGAAUUCAAGGAUCGUCUGGGCUCGGAGACGCUCAGUCCUGAGCUUGCGCACCAACUGUUCGGCAAAUUGCUUCGUCAACCCGUCAAGGUACCAGAACGCGCGCUCAACGGCUUUUUCGCCGCCCUCGCGCGUGCCCCGCCCUCCAUUGCCUGCCCCGAUGGCCCUGCCCUCGCCAUCACUCUCUUCCAACAAAUGGCCCGAGCAGGCCAACGUCCGGUGACCGCACCCACCAUUUACACAUACAACAUACUGAUUGGUUGCUGCUGCCACACCCACCGCCCGGACCUAGGGCCUGCCUUCUUCGGGCACCUCCUCAAGACAGGUAUCAGGGAGAACGUUGUCACUUUCAACAAUUUAUUGAAGUGCCUCUGUGACAUGAAGCGAACGGAGGAGGCUCUGGACGUGCUGCUCCACAGGAUGCCCGGCGACCUUCCUAAUGCCAUCACCAGACGUGGCCACUCUCCCAACGUGGUUUCAUACAGCACGGUAAUUGAUGGCUUCUUGAAGGAGGGUGAAAUAAGAAAAGCUUUGGAUCUAUUUCAUGAAAUGAUACAGCAGGGGAACGGCCAUAAACCUAAUGCUGUCUCAUACACCACGCUUAUUGAUGGCUUCUUGAAAGAGGGUGAAAUAAGCAAAGCAUGUGAUCUAUUCUGUGAAAUGAUACAACAGAGGAUUGAGCCUGAUGUGGUGACAUAUAAUUCCAUUAUUGAUGGGCUGUGCAAAGCAACUAGAGCAAUGGACAAGGCAGAGGGUGUCCUUCGGCAAAUGGUCGAUAACGGUGUUCGGCCGGAUACGGUGACAUAUAAUAGCCUGAUCCAUGGAUAUUCCACUUCGGGCCAGUCGGAAGAAGUCGCUAGGUUGUUGGAAGAAAUGAAAACUCAAGGUAUCAUGUGGGACAUUUUUACUUGCAACUCAUUCAUGGACUAUCUUUGGAAGACCAGAAGAAUCAAAGAAGCUACAGAAUUAUUUUAUUCCAUGGCUGAGAAGGGCCAUAAACCCGAUGUUGUCUCAUACGGGAUUAUGCUUCAUGGUUAUGCUACAGAAGGAUCCCUUGUUGAUAUGAAUGAUUUCCGUGAGCAGAUGGUACGAGACGGAGUUGUACCCAGUCUCAGUGUUUACAACAUACUGAUUGGUGCAUAUGCUAAGUGUGGAAAGAUGGAUGCAGCAAUGCUUGUCUUCGAAGAUAUGUUGAAGCAUGGUGUGAACCAUGAUCAGGUCACAUAUUUAAUUGUGAUAGCUGCAUUUUGCAGAAUGGGCAGGAUGGAUGAUGCCAUGGACAAAUUCAGUGAGAUGAUUGAUAUGGGUGUACCACAUGACACAGGUGUUUACGAGUGCAUGAUCAAGGGUUACUUUAGACAAGGUGAUUUGGUGCAAGCCAACAAAUUGUUUACCGAAAUGAAGAACAAGGGUAUUUGUCAUAGUCCGCGGAAGGGUAAUGAAAGAAGACACAAUAUUUUUGACUUGGUUAUUGGUACUGGUAUGGCCUGAUCCUGUUACACAAACUUCAAUGAACAAUGGAUAUUGCUUAGUGUCCAACAUGGAGAAAACAUUCAGGGUAGAUACUGUGGUAUCACCUGGCGCCGCGCUAGUGUUAUUACUCAGCACUUGUUACUUAGCAUGGUUAUGCUCU